GACUACCUCAAGUAAUGCCAUUUUUGUCUUUAAAGCAACAUGCUGGUUCCAGUAGAAUAUAAUGGAGUCAGCAAAUGGGUCAGGGUACCACAGGCCGAGGAGGAGUACAGUUACUCCCAGUUUUUGCAAGCAGGUAACUGUUUGGCUAAUUUGACUGUCAUGUUUAUUUGUGCUUUGAAGGUUUUACAGUGUCUUUGUUGGAAACUGCAGAUGACAAUUAUAUUUCCCACUAACCCCAUAGUAUUUAUAGUCCAUCAGCUUUGCUCAAGGCAUGGUUGUUGUUCCCAAACCUUGCUUAUUGACAGUUUCUUGUGUUUCAGUGCUGGCGAAAUUCAAUUUGCCAGAUUUUACUUCUUUGAGGCUGAAGGAUUCAUCUAAUGUGGAAGUGGAUUCAGACAUAUUUGAUGAACUCUUAAAGUCAUCAGGGGUGUUUUUCAAGGCAGAGGAAUGUAAUGGUAUCCCUACUGAGGUGACGUUCUUAGAGGGCUCAUCUUCAUCUGACUGGUCACCAUCACCAUCAUGUAUGUCCCAAGGGUCAUCAUCAGGUACUGACUCAACAGUGAUACUGGAAUCUACAAAGACUCGGAGAAGACAGCUGAUUGAAGGGCCCCUGGAUGGCAAUGUUGCAAGAGAUAUUGUUAGAGAUGCUCUGUGUUCAAAGGCCAGUGGGAAAGAAAUACUAGAAGAGUACAAGAAAACAAGCACCAUCAGUGAUGUUACAAGAAGGAGGAUGGUCAACAUUCUUGUGGCAGAUAUGGUGGAGUACCAUGGGAGGGUACCUCCGGUAAAUGUGCGGAACCUCUAUGCACUUGGGAUUACAACACUGUUCCCAAAAUUGAGUGACCCAGAUUCCGAGAAUGGCUAUAUCGACCAAGACUUCUCAAUGAUCUUUGGUGAGGAGGUGUCUGGUAAAUUCCUCUCCAAGUGGCCAACCUUUUUCAAACCGAGAGUCAUCGCAGAUUGCUGCAAGAACCUAACUCCGUCCGGUUGUUGA